GAUUUAUAUGUUAUAUGAUAGCAUAAGUGAAUGCUCACAUGGAGUUUUAAUUCUGAGAUAUUUAAUCGCAACAACGAAAUGAAACGAAAUUAACGAAAUAACGAAAUUCUUUAUGCCAGAAAAAAUGUACGUAACAGCAUCAAAUUUUAGCAAAUUUAAAUCUUUGAUUUUUAAUUUUAAUUUUUCUACUUUUUUAUGUUAUCGCGUACUUAGUGCAACUGCUUUAACAAACAGAAAUUUAUUAUACUAAGACUAAGGUGUGAUAUACCUACUGCUAAGGCAGUUAACUCAACUAGUCAACUACUUAAACUAACAAGAAUAAUUGGGGACAUGAAUAGUCAAGGAUCCGAACUAAAUAUUAAUCUAAAGUAGUGUUCGGUCAUCAGUCCGGUCCAUCGAUCAGGUUUAACUUAAUUUUUCGUCCGCUAGGAGCAAAGGAAUCCUAAUCAUGACUACCACAGAUUCUCCAAGAAGCUCGGUCAGUAGUGCCUCUUCAACUGGAUCAUCACUUAGCUCAGUGCCGAGUAAAGGUGCUGCGUCCGAUGGCGGUCUACAAGCCCCGGCGGAGCGUGCCGGAAUCUCGUGGCCGAUGACGUCAUUUUUCUUGCUCGCUCAAAUGGCCGGCGCCGGGUUUCUUUCUUUACCGAUGGCCUUAAAUAACACUGGUUGGCUGGGAGCCCCGAUGAUGGUUCUUCUAUGCGCUGCUGUAGGACUUGCAGGAGUUUGCCUGGGUAUAUCCUGGGUGAUACUCGAGGAACGUUGGCCUGAAGAAUACGGAAAUACUGUCAGGCAACCUUACAUGGAUAUCGCCUACAGGGCUCUCGGGGAACCUGGAAGACAAGUAGCGCUGUGGAGCGUACUUCUGACCAUAAUCGGAGGUACGACCGUCUUCAUUAUUUUAAUGGCACAACUCACCAACGCGAUCACUUCGGCGCUGUCGACCUGCGAGUGGGUGCUGGUCUACGGUGCCCUGCUGCUGCCGUUCACAUGGCUAGGCACUCCGAAAGACUUCUGGCAAGCAUCGGUCAUGGCUGUAGGUGCAACAAUCAUCGCCUGCCUGGUCGUCUUCGUCAUGCUUUUUGUCACCCACGAAGACGAUCCAUUUAUCCAGUAUCCAAAUCCGACAGUUUCGUCGUUUUCGUUGGGAUUUAGCUCAAUUCUUUUUGCAUUUGGAGGCGCUUCAGUUUUCCCGACAGUACAAAACGACAUGAAGGACAGAACGCAAUUUUGGAAAAGCGUAAUUGGAGGCUUUCUGGGUGCCUUAUCCUUAUACUUGCCGGUCGCCGCCGCCGGUUACGGUCUGCUAGGUAGCACCGUUGAGGGAAACAUUCUCUUGUCUGUUGGCUUCAGUCCCGUCGUGAAAUUCGCGAUCGUGACAGAAAUUAUCAAUCUCCUGGGAACCUACAUUAUUUCCUUCAACCCAAUGGGACAAGCAUUUGAAGAAAUGUUGAAGAUACCCAGUAAGUUCUGCGUUAAAAGAGUCGCCAUGAGAUCCUCUGUCGUGUUGAUUGAGGUCCUGAUCUGCCUUGCGAUCCCAGAUUUCGGUUUAAUUUUAAAUUUGGUUGGAGGCUCGACAGUGACUCUGAGUUCGUUCGUCUUGCCUCCUAUUAUGUACAUGAGGCUGGUCGACAACGCUGACAACCCAAAAUGGCCAAAAAGAUCCAUCCCGCUGUGGCUGCGGAUAGCACUGUGGGAGAUCGUCCUCAUUGGAAUUAUUGGAGGUGUAACAUCCACGGUGUUCGCCGUUAUCGACAUCCUCAAUCCCGACAGCUUCGGGAAAUCUUGCUUCGCGGACUUCACGCCUUGAAGUAUAGAAAUUAUUGGAUUAAUUCUACGAUACCUCUGUGCAAAUGACGCUAAAACAACGUUGUGUAGGUGUUUAAUUCGUAUAAAGACGUUUAAUCAACGUUAUUUCAACGUUCGAUGACUGGUGAGAUGAGUAUGGCUCUAUAAAUAAUUCCCAGUUCAUAUUAUUGAUUAAUAAAUCAUAUAUUACUUCUAAUGUAAAGUAAUGUUGUUGGUGAAGAAAUUAAACUGGUUGAUUCAUGUUGGUUAGUUUCUCAAUAAACAAAUAAAAUGUUUGGAAAUAAUAAUUCCAAAUGUUUAAAACUGUCAAAUAAUUUUAGAAGAUAAUACGUAACUGUUUUGUUCUGGAUAUGAAAUCAAGCCUUGCUUGCAUAUUGUAUUCAAUCCUAUGAUAAUUCUGAGGCAGACAGUUCUUAAACCUAAAAAAAUAAUUAAAUUUGUUUCUUGGUUUCCUAUCGUCUAAUAUUCAGCUAUGUAUAUUGUAAUGUAGGAGUGGUCUGAGUGGCCAAGUAAACUGCAUUCACGAGUGUAAAAGUGGAGUACGAUAAAGCUAAAUUUGUAUUCGUAAGUAUAAGGUGAAUUUAUACUGUUUUGUUCGUUUAUGGCUUGUUUCAUAGGAAUCUAGCACAUAAGAAUCUACGUGGCAAUUACAUCAGAUACUCAACAGUGUGUUAUUUGUUAAUCGGUUACUUUCCACCAAAACUUCCAGCAUGCAGACUUUAUGGAAAGUUGAGUCUUAAUUCUGCUGGUCACAUAAGCAAGUGAUUCGUAGAGAACUCCAUAAUAACUCGAUGUUUGAAAUUUGGAUGAACUCCAACAAAUGUUCUCUGAAUAAAAUAUAUUGAACAUUCUGUGACCCGCAUCCUGGGCGUUGAAUAAUAUCAAAUUAAGAGAAAUUGUUUUAAAAAUUAAAAUCUGAUACAUUAACGCGAAACAACGAGAAAUACAAACACCCUUGUUAGAUUUAUUCAUCAAUGGCAUUUUUACUGACGAGAAUUAUUUUUGUGCACGCCUCCUAACAUUAUGUUAUUUCCAUCAUAGUACUUCAUAUAGAUUUAAAAUACUAUGAAUGUUGUAAUUAACUUGCUAUGGGCUUCACAUGGACGCACAUACAACAAUUAAAUUUACCUCUAGAAAUUAUUUUUCUUCUUCUGAACAAACUAAAUUACAAAAGCUCAUAUAUAAAUGCCAUUCCACAAUUAUAUUAUGUGAAAUUUAGUGUCAUCCUAAUUCAUAUAUAUUCGAAUUUUAUUCAUAUUAAAUUAAAUGACAUAAUUAGAGUCGAGUCUAAGAUCUAUUCUACAUUGCUAAGUUACUAUGCACCAAAGCCGUUGAAAAAUAUACAUGAGCUUUUGUAAUAGCAUUUCACAGAACAAAAUGAGAAGCAUAGUUUUAAAUUAUGAUCCAUUCACAAUUAUUUCAAUUAGAGAAAUUAGCAACUUUUGAGAUUAUCAGUAUGAAUUUAUCAGCUGUACAUUCAUUUUUUUAAACAUAAUGUGCUUGAACGUCGAAACCUCCGGCCUGAGAAGAACCUAUCGAGCAAAAUAUGGCACUUGUUCUGAAAAAGACUUCCUAGCUGUUAGAACAAUGCUGCCAACUGUUGAUCAAUCCGAAAUCUAUCUGCGUCAAUAGUGAUUAAAAAUCGGCACUUAUAUUUAAUAUUAGAGGCCGCUCUGCGAUGUUUAUUAGAAGGAUAAUAGCGGACAUUCGAAUUUUAUUUUCUACUUCCAAUAAGAUAUGAAAUUGAUGAUUGAUUCGUAGAACUCGAAGAACGAACUUGUUAAACAAUAAUCCGGAUGUGGCGCCUGGACACAGCCGGAUUUGAUGAAUAUUUUAUAAAAGAUUACACAUGUUUCGAGUAUGUGGAUGUUUUUAAUUCAGUGACGAAGUUAGUUAAAAAGUUAGGGACGUUUUUGAACUAAAUCUGUGCAGUGUUUUUGUGCGCGCAUUUUUUUUUGUCUUUUUCAUGUUUUUUUAAGCUGAUCAUUGCUUAACGCAAAUUCUCAGAUAAAUUCUAAAGUAAUUGAA